UCGGCACGACCACCCUUGGCUAUCGUUGGGAGAGAACCUGGUGCCCGGCACAGUCCCUCUAAAGCCACCCUGACGCCCGUCGCUCGCCAGGACGACCUGCAGCAGGAAAGUCCUCGUUCUCCUCACGCCAACGCGGGAUAAAUUAAGGACGGACAUAUAGGGACCGAGGCGAGUGCCGCUGGAGACAUGGACAAUGUGCAAAUGAUCGGGACUAAAAUCACCGCGAUUAAGGAAUAUUUAUAUAAUUUCGCAAGGACACACUCGCCUACUCGCCUAAUGAGUUCCGAAAACACGUACGCGCUCUCCAAGGAGCACUGCAACCUCAAAUACUCAGAUAUUCUGCCACAUAAUGUCGAGGGAUUCCCGGCGACGAAGGAGUUCCUGAUGAAGGUCGUCGACAUCCUUAUUGACUACGUCAAGUCGACGAACGACCGGAAUGCCAAAGUCCUGGAAUUUCAAUACCCGGCCGAUAUGCGUCGUCUUCUGGAUCUCGAGGUGCCGGACAGCGGCGUCACCCUGCAGCAGCUGCUACUCGACUGCUCGACGACACUCAAGUACCAAGUCAAGACUGGACACCCCCACUUCUUCAACCAACUAUCUUGCGGCUUGGACUUGGUGUCGAUGGCCGGCGAAUGGUUGACUGCGACAGCCAACACGAACAUGUUCACCUACGAGAUAGCGCCGGUCUUCAUCCUGAUGGAGCACAUCGUAUUGCAGAAGAUGCGCGAGAUUAUCGGCUGGAAUUGCGGGGACUCGAUCCUUGCGCCCGGAGGUUCUAUCAGCAAUCUCUACGCGUUUCUAGCGGCUAGACACAAAAUGUUUAAGGAUUGCAAGAAACACGGACUGGCUGCAAUUGGGGGUCAGCUAGUGAUCUUUACAUCUGAUCAAUCUCACUACUCGGUCAAGUCGUGCGCAGCCGUUUGCGGACUAGGAACCGACAACUGCGUUAUGGUACCCAGCGAUGAUCGCGGUCGAAUGAUCCCGUCCAAACUGGAGGAGCUUGUUCUCGAACGGAAAGCCAAGGGCCACAUUCCGUUCUUCGUCAAUGCAACCGCUGGCACCACCGUCAUCGGAGCUUUCGACCCGAUUUCCGAAAUCGCCGACAUAUGCCAGAAGUACGAUCUCUGGCUCCACGUGGACGCGGCGUGGGGUGGCGGACUGCUGCUGUCCAGGAAGUACCGGCAUCCUAGACUGACGGGAAUUGAACGAGCCGAUUCCGUAACGUGGAACCCGCACAAGCUCAUGGGGGCCGUCCUUCAGUGUUCGACGAUCCACUUCAAGGUGGACGGUCUUCUGAAUGAGUGUAACAAAAUGUCUGCCGAGUAUCUCUUCAUGACCGACAAGUUAUACGACCACCAAUACGACACUGGUGACAAAGUGAUACAAUGCGGUCGUCACAACGACAUAUUCAAGCUGUGGCUGCAGUGGCGUGCAAAGGGUACCGAUGGAUUCGAGAAGCACAUGGACCGUUUGAUGGAGCUCAGUGAGUACAUGGUAAGACGGAUCAAGCAGAUGCCCGACAAAUUCUACCUCAUCCUGGAACCCGAAAUGGUCAAUGUCUGCUUCUGGUACCUGCCGACUCGCGUUCGCAACAUGCCGCACACCGCCGAAAGAGAAAAGAUACUCGGCAAAAUUUGCUCGAGUCUGAAGGGCAAAAUGAUGAAGGCCGGGACUCUGAUGGUCGGUUAUCAGCGUGAUGACCGAAGAGAGAACUUUUUCAGGAACAUUAUUUCCAGCGCUGCUGUGACGGAGGCAGACGUCGAUUUCUUGCUAACGGAAAUGGAUCGACUCGGACACGAUCUUUAAACAAAUUAGUUACCGGACUGAGGAAAGUACGAUGUUUUAUCGCGAGAAAAGAAGGAAGGUAGAAUAAACAGGUUGGUAGAAUUAUCUCACAUGUUAUAAUUGCACAUUCUGCCUAAUAUUGUACAAAGUCCUGUAACCAAUUCACAACCAUGAAUAUUAACUUGAGACAUAUGAAGAAAAAAAACGUUUAAGUUUGCUUAUUUUCUUGGAUUCAUAAAUCGUCUGUUAAACAUUGCUAUUGUUUAAUUGUAUUUUUAUUCAAUCGUUUAAUCUACGAACUAUAUUGUUAUUCUUUGUAACCCUCGAGUGUCGAUUGAAUUAUUAUAUUAAUUUAUCGGUGAAAUUUAUAGAACCCGUUACUCGACUUGUAUGUCUCUCUGAUUAUAAACAGUAAAAAUAAUAAAAAGUCGUGAUGUAACUAGAUAAAUAACUAUACAAGUAAAUCGAAAUUUUUUUUCUAUUCAUAAUCGAAGACUGACGUCUAUGGUGUUCAAAUCUUACAGAGUCACGUCAUUAUCAAUAAAAAUAUGCAGAUAAAUUAUCUGACCUUUCGUAAACACCGCGUUAAUUAAUUUAAUUUAUGAAUCCCAGAACAUCAGCCUUGACGAAUGUUGGUUAAGCUCCUUUAUCGAUAUAAAUACAUAUAUGUACACAUAUAUUAUAUGUAUCUAUUCGGAUGUAAGUGUUACAAUCUUUAGAUUAUGUAUUCAAGCUAUUACGUGUACGGAAGGUGAAAAACGGGAGAAGAAAAAA